UUUUGUUUUUUUUUUUGUUGACAUUUGGGUUAUCAUCAAACUUUCGUGAAAUUUUUGCCAAGUUUGAUGUUAUUUCAUUCAAUUUUUGAAUUAUUCCUCAUAAUUUUGAAUUAAUAAUAAUCCAGUGAAGUGUAAAUGAACAAUGACCAAGUGUAUAAUCUGUGCUGCUCGCUACCCAGAUGUGAAUCUUCGUGCAUUCCCAAGAGAUAUAAACAGAAGAAAGCAAUGGUUCACUGUCUGUAAUCUUGAAUUCAGAGCAGGUGGUAAUCAGAGGAUAUGUAUUUCACAUUUCAGUCAACAACAAUUGGAAAUGAAUCGAGCCGAUGGUCAAAUAAGACUGAAACCAAAUGCUGUACCUGAUCAAUGUUUGAAACCACCUAAAUUCCAUGUUCCUGUAUCAACUACUACGUUCGAUAAUAACGUGAAUAAUGGAGAUAACAAUGAAACUGUAAUGGCACCGAUGGACGAGCAGUGGUACUCUCAAAGUAUUCGUAUCACUGAUCCAGAGACGAUCUUAGCCCAAAACUCAGCUGCACAGCUCGAAUUGAACGAAGACAAACACAAUAUUGAUAUUUCAAUUAACGAAAGCUCGUCGAAUAAUCACGAAAAUUCCGUUACCCGUGAACUAUCCAAAGAAGAUCAAGAUGAUGAAAAAGCAAUUAAAAGUAUCUACGGUGAUGAGGAAACGAAAGCUGAACCGUGCUGUCCCAAGAAUUGUAAUUUCAAAAUACCUAAAAACCUCGCUUUACAACAUAGAUAUUCGUUCCAAGAGCUCGAUAAAAAAGAAAAAGAUCUCGUGGUUCUGAGCCAUUUACAGCAGCAUCGUCGAAUCACGUCACUCAUUGGCGAGUAUGCUAAAUUACAGAAUCGAAAACUACGUCUUAAAGCAGAAGAUUCCCUCACUCGUCAAGGAAUAAGUUACUACUUUUGUGAUUUACAAAUCUGCAAAAAAAUGUAUUUCUUCUUGCACGAUCUCGGCAGGAAGGAAUUCCGCAAUUUGGUCAAACACUACGACGAGCAAGGAUUGACUCCUCGAGUACAUAAGCUUACAUCAGUCAUUCCAUGUCGUGAAAAUGUUUUGAAACCCGAAGAUAUCGAGAAUAUAGUCUCAUUUAUAAAAUCAUACGGUGAACAGUUCGGUCGUCAUAUGCCACGUAGAACAGGUAAAAUGCGAACGCCCCAGUUCAAAAAUUACAAAGUCAUCGGAUUACCAGAGGAUAUGUCGAAAACCGCCAUUUAUAACAAAUAUUGCGAAAUUGGUACAAAACCUGUAAAACUGCGAACAUUCUUCAAAACGUGGAACACAUAUUGCCCGUACAUCAUAUCAUUACAUCGACAAGCUACCAACAAGUCAAAAUCUGAUUCGAAUAAUUACGAAGAUGGUCUUCUUAUGUAAGGAACGUGGGAACUUACGCAAGGCUUUUCAAUAUUGUUAGCCCAAAAAUUCUUCGAGUUGAACAUUUCAACUUCUUGUUUUUUGAGCACGAAUCAAGCAGUAAUGACUAAUAAGGAGAAAUUGUGUUGUGUUUGACUGCCUGGGUUGUUAGACUUAGUGUUUUCGAAGUGUUCUUAUUUUUAAUUCAAUUCGUAGUAAAUGUUUCUGUUUUUGUCUUU